AUGUCUGCAAACAUGAAGAGAGAAAAUAUGGUCACCUCCAAUGUUCGAGAGCUUCCUGGAAGAAUAACACGUGCUCGAGCUGCUGCACUUCAUACAUCUGGACAAAUGCCCCCAAUAAAACCACCCACACAACAGAGCCAGAAGCAGGCUGUGCGAACAAAUCCAAAAAGAGCUGCCACGGAUGAGAACAGUACAAAAGCUGCUGGUAAUGCAUGUAUGCAACGUAAGAGGAGGGCUGUGCUUCAGGAUGUGACCAAUGCUUGCUGUAAACCUUCAUAUGGGAGCUGCUUCAAUGCAACCAAAAUUCAGGUUAAGAACAGCAAGCCAGCUAAAAAGGGUCAGGCAAAGCUGACGAAAAUGGUCCCUUCUGUUGCAGUAACGGAGGCUGUGCAGGGAAUUGUAAAACCAGAACUAACAUCCGACUUACAUUCAAUUAAUUUGGAAGAUGGAAACAUGCUUAUGUGGUCAACUAAGGAUGUGAAAGAUGUUCAUCAGUCAGAAAAUCAGAGUUCUGGAUCUGGAGUGGCUUCAAAAGUCCAAAGCCCUUCAAAUAAAGCACAUGAUGGUAGCCUUUCAGUGGACAUGGUUACAUCGAGCAACCAACAUAUUGUUAACAUUGAUGCAGAUUACAAGGAUCCUCAAUUGUGUAGCCUCUAUGCCCCUGAUAUCUACAACCAUUUACGUGUUGCAGAGCUUGACCGAAGGCCAAAUGCUACUUUUAUGGAAACGAUACAGCAAGAUAUCACCAAAAGUAUGAGAGGGAUUUUAAUUGAUUGGCUUGUAGAGGUGUCAGAGGAAUAUAAGUUGGUGGCUGAUACGCUUUACCUCACAGUCUAUCUCAUCGAUUGGUUUCUCUGUCAUAAUUACACUGAAAGGACUAGACUUCAAUUGCUUGGCAUCACUUGCAUGCUGAUUGCCUCGAAAUAUGAAGAAAUUUGUGCACCGCGUGUGGAAGAACUUUGUUUCAUGACAGACAACACUUACUCGAAAGAGGAGGUAUUGAAAAUGGAGAGUCAAGUAUUGAAGUAUUUUGGCUUUCAACUUUUUGCACCAACAACUAAAACUUUCCUCAGGAGAUUUCUUCGAGCAGCACAAGCUUCUUAUAAGACUCCUAGCCUUGAACUGGAGUACUUGGCCAAUUAUCUUGCUGAACUAACUUUGGUUGACUAUAGCUUCUUGAAUUUCCUUCCUUCCGUCAUUGCUGCAUCAGCUGUUUUUCUUUCCAAAUGGAGCUUAGAUCAGUCCAGCCAUCCAUGGAGUCCAAUACUAGAACACUAUACCCGUUACACGCCAUUGGAUUUGAAGAUCGCGGUUCUUGCUCUGCAAGAUUUACAGUUGAACACCAAUGGUUGUCCUCUGAGUGCUGUACGCAUGAAGUAUAGGCACCAAAAGUUUAAAUCCGUAGCGGGUUUGUCAUCCCCAAAACUCCUUGAAACACUAUUUUGA